UUUCUUUUAUUUUUUUUUAUUUUAUUUUUUUUUUCUUCUUCUUCUUCUUCUUCUUCAUUCCUCUUAUUAUUAUGUUACGUAGUCGACCAUUUUUGAUAUUAAAAAGAGUGUAUCAUUAUAAUCGUUAUCAAAGUGUAGAAUCAUUAAGAGAGAGAUAUAAAGAAAAAAAGCUUCGACAUAUCCAUGCUGCAGAAAAAGAUAAAGCAACCAUUCUAUCUAUGAAUACAUUACAUAAUCAAAAUAAAUUAUUUGAAGAUAAGAAAAAAGCAAUCUAUGGACUUGGCUUUACAUCACCUAAUGAAGUUUUUAUUAACAAUGAAUUGAAUCUAAGUCAUAUUGAUGUAUAUGGAUUUGAUUAUGAUUAUACACUUGCAGACUACACAGAUAAUUUAUCUUUGACUAUUUAUAAUUCACUUCGGGAUAUUAUGGUCGAUGUAUUUAAAUAUCCUAGACAAAUUAAAGACUUCAAAUUUGACUCUAAUUUUGCUAUAAGAGGACUUCAUUAUGAUUUUAAUAAUGGAUGGUUAAUGAAGAUAGAUAAUAUGGCUAAUAUCCAACUAAAUACAAUACACUUAGGACGUGAACCUAUACAAGAUGUAAAUAAAAUUAUAGAACUUCAUAAAGGUCAACAUAUUUCUCCAGAUUAUCUUCGAACAAAUAUGUUUCAAUUAAGCGAUUUAUUCUCUAUUCCUCAAGCAACUCUUUUAAGCGAUGUUGUACAAUACUUUCGAGACCAUAACAUGAACUUUCAUCCUCGAUAUUUAUCAGAUGAUGUAAAUAUAGCAGCUCGAAUCUUACAUACAGGAGCGCACGGUAUAGGAGGCACACUUCAUUUAGAUGUAAUGAAAGAUUUACCUCGUUACCUUGAGCGUUCUCCAAAGCUAGUUGAUUAUCUCGAACAUUUACGAAAGCAAGGCAAAAAGACAUUCCUGUUGACGAACAGUACGUUAGCCUUUAUUGAUAAGGGCAUGACUUAUUUGACUACGACACAUGAUUGGAGAGAUUUGUUCGAUUGUGUCAUCGUAUCAGCUCGAAAGCCAGAAUUUUAUUACCAUUUCCAUCGACCCUUUCGAAGAGCAAAUGAACCUAACUGGGAUACUGUAGAUAACUUUCUACCAGGCGAAAUAUAUCAAGGUGGAAAUAUGAAAGAUUUUGAAAGAUUGACGGGAUGGAAAGGUCAGAGAGUACUCUAUUUCGGUGAUCAUAUAUUUUCUGAUCUUAUAGAAGCUUCAAUUCAACAUGGAUGGCAUACAGGAGCUAUUAUACAUGAACUUGCAAAGGAAAUCGAUAUUAGAAAUCAGCCUUCGUAUCGGCAUACUUUGUCUUGGUUAAUUCGUUUAGAAAGUCUUUUGAAUGAAGCACAAACUACAAAAAGUAAUAAUAAACAAAUAAACCAUAACGAUCAACAACUUGAAAUUCUGAUAACUGAAUGGAAAGAAGAAAGAAACCAAAUCAAGAUAAAACUUAAAAAUGCCUUUAAUGAAUCCUUUGGUAGUCUUUUUCGAACCUAUCAAAACCCUUCUUAUUUUGCAAAUAAAAUUCAAAGAUAUGCUGAUAUUUAUAUGUCGAAUAUUACAAAUUUGGAUCAUGUUUCUGUCGAUUAUGUAUUUUAUCCAAAUCGAACUUAUUUACCACAUGAGCGAUUUGUAGAAACAUUGAUUGAUACAGGCGGAAAGAUCAGCAAAUAUUUACUAUAGGCGGAUUUUAAAAUUGUGUUGAUGUGUACAACACUAAAUAUAGUAGAAGCGUGUUAAAAUUAACUUAUUUACAUAAAAUAAAAUAAAACCUUUAUUUCCUUCUUUUUCCUUUUUA